AUGGCUGUCGGGGACAGCCGGCGAGGGGCCCUGGGCCGAGGGGGGCUUCUGGCGCUGGUGGCGGCGGUGCUGGCGUGGGCGUGCCCGGCUGGCGCGCUGGAGAACGGGCUGGCGCGGACGCCGCCCAUGGGGUGGCUGCAUUGGGAGCGCUUCCUCUGCCAGACGGACUGCUCCCAAGACCCCCGCCGGUGCAUCAGUGAAAAGUUGUUCAUGCAGAUGGCUGACCUGAUGGUGUCUGAAGGCUGGAGAGAUGUGGGGUACCAGUACCUGUGCAUCGAUGAUUGCUGGAUGGCUCCGAGCCGUGACGAGAAGGGCCGGCUGCAGCCAGACCCAAAACGUUUCCCCAGCGGGAUCGCCAAAUUAGCAGACUAUAUCCACUCCAAAGGGCUGAAGCUGGGCAUUUACGCAGAUGUCGGGAACAAAACCUGUGCUGGCUUUCCUGGCAGUUAUGGUUACUAUGAGCUGGACGCACAAACCUUUGCCAGCUGGGGGGUGGACCUUCUCAAGUUCGACGGCUGCUAUUGUGACACGGUAGACCUGCUGGCAGAAGGUUAUAAGACGAUGUCCCGGGCGUUGAAUAAAACCGGCAGAAGCAUUGUGUACUCCUGCGAGUGGCCGCUCUACCAGAAGCUCAUGCAGAAGCCCAACUACACCGAGAUAAAACAGUUCUGUAAUUACUGGAGGAACUUUGCUGACAUCUACGAUGCCUGGAAUAGCAUCAGGAAUGUUCUGGACUGGACCACUCUACAUCAGGACAACCUCACCGACGUUGCUGGGCCCGGGGGCUGGAACGACCCAGACAUGCUGGUGAUUGGAAACUUUGGACUGAGUUGGGAUCAGCAGGUAACACAGAUGGCACUCUGGGCCAUGAUGGCAGCUCCACUCCUCAUGUCCAACGACUUGCGCCACAUUAGUUCAGCAUCCAAGGCCCUGCUCCAAAACAAGGAAGUGAUCGCCAUCAACCAGGAUCCACUGGGCAAGCAGGGAUACCAAAUCACCAAGGACAACAACUUUGAAUUGUGGGAGCGGCCUCUUUCAGGUGGGGCCUACGCCAUAGCCAUAGUGAACCGUCAGGAGAUUGGUGGGCCUCAAACUUACAAGUUCUCUCUCACCUUUCUUGGGAACGGUUUGGCUUGCAACCCCGCUUGUUCUAUUCAGCAGAUCCUUCCCACCAGCAGAAAUCUGGGGCUACACAACUGGGUAUCAUUCUUGAAAGUACUGGUGAACCCAACAGGGACUGUCUUGCUGAAGAGUGUGGUGAUUGAGGAAAAACGGGUUGUCGGUGGCACCCACGCUCUGGGUAUCUCAUAA